CAGGAUGCUCUUCUCUUGAGCUCAGCUUCUGCUUUUGCAGCCAAGCAUUUUUGCUGCUGCAGCCUGCCUGCCCACCCGCCUGGGCUUGCAGCCCGCCACUUUACUUUCUCCAGCCCUGGUGCCAGCUGAGACUUCUCCCUGCAGCUGCUGGCUCCUUCCUAGGACCAUGCGUGUGGAUGUUGCUUGGGAGAAGCCGGCACUUGCUCCUGGCACCGAUCCCAGCUGAGUUUCUCCUGUUGAUUUCUGGACCACAGAUGCUGUCGCUGAGGAGGUAUUUCCUGGCAUCCCUCUCUCUACAACACCAGCUAAGGACCAGCCCCAACACAAGGCAGGCAAGUGUCAGGAUGGGCCGCGCUGGAAGAAGGCGACGCUAGCGAGCGAGGUGUGAAGAGUUGGCCAGAAUGACCAACUCCUCCUCCGCGUCCACGUCCUCCACCACCGGGGGGUCACUGCUGCUGCUCUGCGAGGAAGAGGAGUCGUGGGCGGGCCGGCGCAUCCCCGUUUCCCUCCUGUACUCGGGCCUGGCCAUUGGCGGCACGCUGGCCAACGGCAUGGUCAUCUAUCUCGUGUCGUCCUUCCGCAAGCUGCAGACCACCAGCAACGCCUUCAUCGUGAACGGCUGCGCCGCCGACCUCAGCGUCUGCGCCCUCUGGAUGCCACAGGAGGCGGUGCUCGGGCUGCUGCCCGCCGGCUCUCCGGAGCCCCCCGGGGAGUGGGACGGCGCCGGGGGAAGCUACCGCCUCCUGCGGGGAGGGCUGCUGGGCCUCGGGCUCACCGUGUCCCUCCUGUCCCACUGCCUCGUGGCCCUGAACCGCUACCUGCUCAUCACCCGGGCGCCCGCCACCUACCAGGCCCUGUACCAGCGCCGCCACACGGCGGGCAUGCUGGCGCUGUCCUGGGCGCUCGCCCUGGGCCUCGUGCUGCUGCUCCCGCCCUGGGCGCCGCGGCCCGGCGCAGCGCCCCCGCGCGUCCACUACCCGGCGCUGCUGGCGGCCGCGGCGCUGCUGGCGCAGACGGGGCUGCUGCUGCACUGCUACCUGGGCAUCGUGCGCCGCGUGCGCGUCAGCGUCAAGCGGGUCAGCGUGCUCAACUUCCACCUGCUGCACCAGCUGCCCGGCUGCGCCGCCGCCGCCGCCGCCUUCCCGGGCGCCCCGCACGCGCCGGGCCCCGGCGGCGCGGCGCAGCAGGCCCAGCCCCUGCCGCCCGUGCUGCAGCCGCGGCGCGCUCAGCGGCGUCUCAGCGGCCUGUCGGUGCUGCUGCUCUGCUGCGUCUUCCUGCUGGCCACGCAGCCGCUGGUGUGGGUGAGCCUGGCCAGCGGCUUCUCGCUGCCGGUGCCCUGGGGCGUGCAGGCGGCCAGCUGGCUGCUGUGCUGCGCCCUGUCGGCGCUCAACCCGCUGCUCUACACGUGGAGGAACGAGGAGUUCCGCCGCUCGGUGCGCUCCGUCCUGCCGGGCGUCGGCGACGCGGCGGCCGCCGCCGUCGCAGCCACCGCCGUGCCCGCCGUGUCUCAGGCGCAGCUGGGCACCCGCGCCGCCGGCCAGCACUGGUAACCCCGCCGGGGCUCGAGGGAAACGGAGAUUCCCGGCUUCCGGCGUCUUUGGCCACCAUCUCCUCCU